AUGGAUAGGGAUUACGAUGGUGAUGGAGUUGAGUUAGUAUCUGGAGAAUUGGAGGGAGAUUGUUUUGUGUUUGUGGGAGAUCGGGGUGAUUUCUUGGUUUCAGCUUGUUAUGAUGUUCGUGGUUGGGACCGUUGUGAUUUCUUCUUAGCUAGCAUUUUAGCUGAAGAAGAUGAUGACUUACUAGAUUUACCUCCUAGAAAAGAGGUUGAGUUUGUGAUUGAUUUGAUGCCUGGUACUACGCCGAUUUCUAUGGCUCCAUAUCGUAUGGCACUAGCAGAGUUGGAGGAAUUAAAGAAGCAGUUGGAUGAUUUAAGGCUGAAGGAUUUUAUUCGGCCUAGUGUUUCACUAUGGGGCGCACUAAUGUUGUUUGCAAAGAAAAAGGAUGGUUCUAUGAGGUUGUGUCUUGAUUAUCAAAAAUUAAAUCAAGCAACCAUCAAGAACAAGUAUCUUUUACCGCGGAUUGACGAUUUAUUUGAUCAGUUGAGGGGAGCUAUUUGCUUUUCCAAGAUUGAUCUGAGAUCUGGUUACUACCAGUUAGGAGUUCGGGAUGAGGAUAUUCCAAAGACAGCUUUUCGUACGCGGAUUGUAAGGGACUUUUCUCGCUUAGCCACUCCUAUGACUCGGAUGACCCGAAAGGGGAUCAGAUUUGAUUGGACUGAAGCUUGUGGGGACAUAGUAAAGGACUGGACCUUACAUACGGAUGGUGGUUUACGGUUCGGAGGUUUGCUUGUGGUUCCUACGAUUUGUCAGGAGGAUGUGUUACGGGAGUUUCACACUUCUCGUUUUACUGUAAAGGCCGAGCAUCAGAGACCUGCAGGUUUAUUGCAGCCAUUGCCAGUAGCACAGUGGAAAUGGGAGUGUAUUGCUAUUGAUUUUAUGACAGGGCUUCUGAGGGAUGCCAAGUUCACAUUGAAGUUCUGGGAAGGGCUUCAUGCAGCGUUUGGUUCACCGUUGCAUUUCAGUAUUGCAUUCCAUUCGCAGACGGAUAGCCAAUCAGAGCAUAGACGGAAACGGUUAUUAUCCUUUGAGGUGGGAGACCACGUGUUUCUCAAGGUUUCUCCACAGAAAGGAUUGCUACAGUUUGGAAAGAGUGGCAAGUUGUCACCUCGUUUCAUUGGGCUAUUUGAGAUUUUGCAUCGAGUGGGUGAGGUUGCUUACAGAUUGGCAUUGCCACCACAGAUGGACAGAGUCCAUAAUGUGUUUCAUGUUUCGAUGCUAUGGAAUUAUGAGCCGGAUCCAUCACAUGUAUUGAGUUGGGUUGAUAUUGACAUUAAUGAGGAUGUUUCUUACGAGGAGGGACCCGUUUAG